GUAGAAACAUUCCCUCUUUAGUUUUAUUCAUCUUAUGACGAAAAUGCAACCUAACCUAAUGGUAACUUCCCGACUGUUUGUCGUCAGGUUGUAUUUUAAUUUACAAAUGUACUAGUGCGAGUAUAUUUUUAAAGCAAUGGCAAAUGAUCGGGAGGUACUGCGAGAAAUUUGGGAUGGAAAGAUCCCAGUCUGUUUUACUCUCAAUUCUGAAGAAAUUUGUGAUUUACAAGGACCCGACCCAUUUUAUCUGAUGGUGCCUAGAUUAAGUUAUUUUCCACUAUGUACAGAGAAGGUUCGGAAACACUUUAUACGACACAUACAGAGUGACAGUAAACAGGAGCAUGAAAUGUGGUUGGAAUUUAAUGGAAUGCCAUUAAAAUGGCAUUAUCCAAUUGGUGUUUUACUGGACAUUUAUUUCAAUGACAUCCAAUUGCCUUGGAACAUUGUUGUUCACUUUGACAAGUUUCCAGAGAAUGUUCUAAUGCAUUGUCAAAACAAAGAAGUUGUAGAGGCACAUUUUCUUUCUUGCAUUAAAGAAGCUGACGUUUUAAAGCAUAGGGCCCAAAUUGUCUCUAGUAUGCAGAAAAAGGAUCAUACACAGUUGUGGAAUGGUAUAAUGAAUGACAAAUUUGAUCAGUUCUGGUCUGUAAAUGGAAGACUUAUGGAAACUAGUACUGAAGAGGGAUUUAAAUACAUACCUUUUCGCUGUUAUACAAGUGAAGAUAAAUAUAUACAAAAACUUGUAAAACCAAUGAAUGAAGAAGGCCAAAGAAAAACUUUGAAGCAUUUGUUAAAUGAAAUAUUUCCAGAUCAAGAAAAUGUUACAGUGCGCACCCAUGGCAUUGUACCACCAUUAGAGACGCCGCUUCAGUGGAUGUCAGAGCAUUUAAGUUAUCCGGAUAACUUCUUACAUUUAAUUGUAAUUACAUCAUAACGUCUAACGAAAAACAGAUAAUGUCAUUAUCACAAGUGAUAAAAUAAUUUUUCUGUGAUUGUUAUGUACAAUACUUUUUGUUAUGUAUGUUUUGUGCUGUAUUUAUUAUACAAUAAUCUUUUCUUAUAAAAAAAUCUAACAAAACCGAAGAUUCGGUCUAUUGGUAGAAUGAAAAAAAAAAAUAGAUAAAAAUCGUUGUUUAUUAAAUACUUACGACAAAAUUCUCUCAAAUGCUGUAUAUAAAAUGAUUUGUAUAAACUGAAUCGCAAG